AGUCAAAUUUUACACCGCUCUCGCUAUUUCCCAGCACGAAUGUCAAACGAAUACCCGACGAUUACACCCAUUCAUAUCGUCGGUGGUGUUUUGCUACAUCGGGCACCCGCAGAGUGAUUUCGUUCAAGUGAUAAAGAAUUGUUGGUCCGCUAGACGGAACCCCUCUUUAAGCAGGGGUUCCACGGUUUUCUACCUCAUUUGCAUGUAGUCAGAGCACUAGAACAACAGCAACGGGAUCACAUGAGUGAAUAGUAGCGUAUCGCGAACAGGCGCACUCUUACGGCUCCGGUUUACAACAUUUGCUAAAUGUCGAAGGUUGUGCGUACAGUUUGCGGUGGUAAAAGUGUUUCUACUAGCUAGAGUUUAGUGUUCAGUAGUGUAUGUUUUGUUAGGACUAGUGGAAAUUAGUGCAGAAUUCCGUCUACCUCAAACCACACGAUGGAUCCGUCCGAUCACGAGGAAGCAAGCGUUCUCUACAGUCCCGGAAGGGAGCCCAAAAUUGUACCGAACAUAAACGCCAACGUGCGCAAGGAAACCAGAUGGACGUUUUGGUUGAUCACGACCGGUAUAUCGACCACCUUUGGAGCAGCUGUACCGACGGGUUACAAUAUAGGCGUUAUUAAUGCACCGGCCAAUCUCACCGGGAUACGGGACAAACGCAUGGGCACCGGCACCGGACAAUGAAACACGUGCCCAUUUUAAUCGCAAACCACUUCUUCUUCAAUUGUGCUUACCGAAAUUCAUCAAAAGUUGGUGCAAUGACACUAUUUACGAAACAUACGGUACCGUGUUUACCGAGGGCAAUCUGGAAACAUUCUGGUCAGCUGUCGUAUCGAUCUUCCUGAUCGGAGGCGUAAUAGGAUCGCUCGGCGGUGCGUGGGUUGCCGACAGACUUGGAAGGAAACGUUCCUUUCUACUAUGUGGCUUUCUGCUUUUCUUCGGCGGAGUUUGCUUCCAGUUCUGUCAAACGCUCAGUUCCGUGGAGCUACUUAUGAUCGGUCGCUUCGUCGUCGGCCUUGCCGCAGGACUAACCACCAGCACAGUACCAAUGUAUCUCACCGAGCUAGCCCCACUAGGACUUCGGGGUGCUCUCGGUGUAUUCUGCUCCAUGGGUGUCACCGGUGGUGUGGUGGUGGGACAGAUUAUAAGCUUGGAAGAGAUAUUCGGCACCGACGAUCAUUGGCAGUUUGCACUCAGCUUUUACGUCAUACUUGUCGUAAUGUUUUUCGUACCAUAUCCCUGGCUACCGGAAAGCCCCAAGUAUCUGUUCGUUAUUCGGCGGCGCCACGACGAAGCUGUGUAUGAGUUGAAGCGUGUAGCAGGCAGCAAAGUACGGGACGAGUAUGUGCGCGAACAGAUCGAAGCAAUGCGCCGGGAGUGUACGCCGGAGAACGAUGAGGAAGCGUGUGGCGAUGGCAAUAGUACAGCGGAUAAGCCAAAGGAACGCUCCAUUUGGUCGGUGCUCAAAGAUCCAACGCUGUUGUUACCGUUGGUUCUUGUCUGUGCCUUACAGGGUGGUCAACAGUUGUCCGGCAUCAAUGCGGUAUUUUUUUACUCCGUAUCAAUCUUCGAGUCCGUUGGCUUAAGCUCGACCGAUGCCAAGUUUGCAAACUUGGGCGCCGGUUGUCUCAAUCUGUUCGUCGCGUUCUUUAGCCCAAUUCUGAUGGCAAAGUUUAAUCGGCGCUUCCUGUCCCUUACAUCCUGUGCGAUGUGUGCAAUAUUUUUAUUCUGUCUCACGUUCAUCGUGUUCUUUAUUGACGACGUGGAAUGGUUUUCCUACGCAAGUAUCGUCGCCAUUCUGUUGUACAUUCUUUUCUACCAAAUUGGUCUUGGACCCAUCCCUUACUUUAUCGGUUCUGAACUCUUUGAGGUUGGUCCACGACCAGCAGCUAUGGCCAUGGGCAGCUUAGCAUCGUGGGGAUGCAACUUCAUUGUGGCAAUGCUGUUCACCACGCUCCAAAGUGCCUGGGGUGCGUUCGUAUUUCUACCGUUCGCGUUCACGUGCGUUGCACUGACCGUGUUGCUGAAGAUAUAUCUACCCGAGACGCGCGGUAAACACAUUUCGCAGAUUGUGCCGCUCGUCGCUAAAGGCUUCAGCUCGAAACCGCUACUAGUGCCUUAAGUCGCCACCUGCACCUGCCACCGCAAUAAUGACAAGCAAGAAGCUACACAGAAACAUGUUGUGAUUCGUAUAACAUUGCUCAAAACGAGACGAAAUAGUAGGGAAGCAGAAACCAAGUGGCUUAAUCGGUAAUCCUAAGCUUAGCAUCGUAUACAUAGUACUUAGCUUAAGAAGAGCGUUAUUUUUUUAAAAACUAAACUCGUUACACGAUAGAAUUGUGUGAGAAUUUCAAAGUGAAAUAAUGAUGAAAAGAAAAUUCGAA